CUGUGUAAAUGUAACUCGGAAAAAUUGCAAGAAAUUAACAGCAUAAACAUUGCCAUUGAAAAAAUGUAAAUAAACGCUGUUAAAAAACUACAACGAUAUGAAAAGAAUGCUGUAAAGUGACAGUUAAGCGAGCUACAUAUGUAUGAGUAUAUGUGCAUACAAAGUGAAAAAAUUAUAGCCAAGCUAAAAGAACAACAAACAUCUAACAUUGACGUUAGCGUCGCGAAACAGCUGUUACUGUUCGCUCUCAAUUCAGCAAAACUCUGAUGAUUCAGCGCUACGCUCUCACUCUCUCUCUCUCUCUCUCUCUGCUCGCUGAACGAAAAUUACAAAAUAAUUGAAAACAUUCAAGAGUUCGUUUCAUUUCGCUUGCGCUGCUCAACGUGAACGGACGUGCUCGAGCAAAUUUCUCUGCCUGUCGAUAGCGUAUAAAAACUGUAAACCACACGCGUGUAUUUGCAUAAAAAUUUAUAAAGACUGAACCAAUAACAUAAAACAAGCAAAUACAAACUCAAUUUGCAGCUAAAAUAGUUAAAAAAAAAAAACAAGACUGAUUAACCAAUACAAUAAAUGCAAAACAAUUGAAUUACGGGUGCGACAAAGCAACAAAACAAAACCGAAAGCAAAUUCCAAAAAAGCAAAAACAAACGCAAGCAGAAACAACAUAUGGAUUAAGGUUCCUCUUAUACACACACACACACUCUCAAACGGAUUAACAGCAGCUUUAAUUACAGUUAAACGCUGUCUCUCACUUUUUGGAUUACCAGUGCCAAUAAAAUUUGUCAAAGUCAAAGUCAAAGUGCAGUGAAAAAGCUCUAAAACAAAAAAAAAAAUGAAAUGCUGAAAAAUUAAGAAAAGAUUAAACAACAAAUAAAGCUUUAAAUCUUGUGUGUGCAACAACAACAACAACAACAACUAAAAAAUGACGAUGGCUGCGUGUUAUGCUAAUUAUGACAUGUCCUCCAUGUCGUCUCUUUCGCUCUCGCACAGCAUGUCAGCAGCUCUGCAGCAGCAGCAACAACAACAGCUGCAACAGCAACAACAGCAGCAGCAGCAUCAUCAACAACAGCAGCAGCAGCAACAGCAGCAACACAUGUAUCAUGCUGCAGUUGCAGCUCAUCAGCAACAAUUGCUGCAGCAGCAACGCCAUCAACAGCAGCAGCAACCACCCGCCAGCAACAACAACACACGCCACGCAGCUGCGACGCAGGUUGCCACUGCCGGCAGCCAACGCCAACACAGCAGCAGUGGCGGCGGCGGCGGCAGCGCCAACACAGCAUCAGCUGCCAGCAGCAAUGCUAGCAGCAGCGCCAGCAGCAACAACAACAGCAGCGGCGGCGGCAGCAGCAGCGCCGUCAGCAGCAACAAGGACUAUAGCAUUCCACUGCACGUCGACUGCAGCGUCGAGUACGAGCUGCCGAACCAGCCAAAGCCGCCCGCUGGGCAGCGCGUCGAGCCGCUGCUGAUGAUCCAUCCCUGCUAUUUCCGCAAAAUGGAGUCGCAGCGGCGCAGCCCCUUCGUGAACAACAUGCAGGCGACUGCGACGGCGAGUGCACGCAGCGCCGUUAGCAGCGCCGUUAGCAGCGCAGCGGCAUUGGGCAGCGGUGCGGCAACAGUUGCAGCCGCGCCUAGCAGCAGCAGCGCAGCUCGUCGCAAAACCCAACUGCAGCAGCAACAACAACAGCAGCAACAACAACAGCAGCAACAACAACAGCAGCAGCAACAACAACAGCAGCAGCAGCAGCAACAACAGCAGCAGCAGCAACAGCGGCAGGCAGCGUAUCAGCAACAGCUGCGGCAGCAACAGCAACAAAUGUCACAAAUGUCGCAGCAGGCGCUCUAUCCAGUGCAGCAGCAGCAGCAGCUGCGACAACAACAACAACAACAACAUCGCAACCAAAGUCGUCAAAGCCAAAACCAAAGCCACGCAGCAGCCAACUCAGUCGCAGCAGUCGCCGCGGCAGCAGCGACGUCGGCGUCGGGUCAGUGGGAACAGUUGGCCGCUGCGCUGACGCCACACCAACAACAGCAGCAGCAACAACAACAGCAUUCACACGCACACCCACACACUCACUCACACCCACACACCCACUCACAUGCACAUACACACCAACAGCUGCAGCACCCGGCGUCCCUGUAUUCUGCAAAAAGCAGCAGCGCAGCCACCGUGGCCUCUGCCUCUGCCAAUGCCGCCGGCAAACGCGAUGCAUUGAUUUCGGGCAGCAGCAGUUACGUCAGCAGCGCUGCCAAGCAUCAGCAGCAGCACUGCCUGCCGCCUCCUGUCGCACCGUGGGAUGCGGCGGCAGCGGCGGCGACUGCGCUGCUCAUUGACCGUUCCCCGAUGGCAACUGUUCCUAGCAAUUAUCAGGCCGGUCCUGAGGCCACGCCCAUGCACCGGCUGCCGCCUACAGCGUCCACUGACAAGCUGAGCGGCAAAUAUCGUCAAUAUCUGCGCACGCAGCAUCGCAUGCAUCCCUACGCAGCAGCGGCAGCGGCCGCCUCCCUCGCAGCGGCAGCGGCAGGCGCCAAUUUGGGUCCAGCUUCGUUUGUGCCCUUUGGCACGGCGGCGACGUCGGCGACGGCAGCGGCAGCGCCAACAUUCCAGCAACUGCAGCAAAUCUCCUGCUACAACGUGUGAUCCAACAACAACAACAACAACAAUAACAGCAAAGGCAGCAGCAACAACAACAACAACUGAGACAGACGCUUACAAAGUAAACGUCAACGAAGAAGAAAGGAGAAAGAAAAAUAACUGCAAAUCGCUUUCUGUUUUAGUUAACAAAUUUUUAAAUGUUCUGUUAUUCCUUUUUCAUUUUCUGUACCCUGUUUUACUGUAGGGCUUGCAAUGUGCCUGGUGUUAAACAUGUAAACGAAACAACGGUAUGGCAAUAAAAGAGAGAGAGAGCAAAAAAGGUGUCGAAGCCAAUGCAUGUGUGCAUAUGUAUGCAUGUGUGCUAUGUGCCGUUAUGAAAGCACGCUAGAUGCCCAAAAAAAAAAGCUCUGUUUUGUGCAGUGUGCGUGAGCUCUUCGAAGGAAGCGGCGGCUUUUGAUUGCUCCGCUUGAGACUUGAAAGCAAAAUGUAAAAUUUCAAUUGUGAUAUGCUAAAAAAUCGAUUUUUGUAAAAACAAUUCCGUUUUAAAGUUCAUCAUCUGUUUUUAUUGUCAGAAAAGAAAGUGUUUUGUUUAAAUGCCAAGGCAAUUGGAAAGCCGGUAAAUAUUUAAUUAUUGAUUUAUACUUAAAUUAGCUGCGAAAGAUUGUUGCCAAAAAGCCCAAAAGAGAAAAAUAAUUGAAAUUUACUUGUUUUUUUUUAUAAAAAGUAAAAGUAAUUUGUAGUAAUUCGAUAAACAAACAACCAACAAAACAAAAAAGAAAAAACAAACAAAAAAAUGCAAACUAUUGUAGUGAUAUUUGUUAUAAAAUAAUUUUAGUAAUUAAUUUAAUUUAAAUUAAACAACAAGGAAACCAACAAAACAAAACAAAACAAACACAAUG